GCAAUUGACUUUGCCUUAUAUAAGACCUGGUUCUGUUUGUCUGCUGCAUAAUAUAUAGUGUCAAACCAUUCUGGCUGCGGUUGCCGCUUGAACAAUUAGCAGCCAUGUCGGUAAAGAAAUCUGCCUCUACCAACGGUGACAAGGCCACUGGAGCUGUAGACAAAGCUGGGAAACGACGGCGUUUCAACCGGCGGCUCUCAUUUGCAGAAGUAUCUCUGGAGCCAGGCAAGCAGCUGAAGGACAUGGAUUCCAACAAGCUGAAGGCUGAGAUCAGGAGAUGGGCUAAGGCUGUUGUGAAAUAUGCCCGCCAAGUCAGCGGCCGGUUUGGAAGCUCCCGUGGCAAAUCUCAGACAUAAGAAGUGAUUUUGUGCUGUACAAGGUAAACAUUUGAGCUGAGUAUUGUCUCAUAAAGCGCAAAAACGCUUUUUUCUGAAGAGUCCCCAAUUCUGUGAGAACAGAUUGUGAAUCGAAGAGAUCAGAUUUAUUGAUUGAAGAUGAAACAGAUUGGUCAACUUGCUUGAGAGAGAUUGUUGUGUAUAUGGAUGUUGCUGCGUGUGAUAUGAAUAAUUCUUUCAUUUAUUUAUUUGUUUAUUGUUUAGGGUCUGUUGUAAGUUUGAUUCUUCUGCUAUGGAAGAAGGAUAGAAUCCUAUAUGACGAGAAGGGUGUGAAGCUGCAUCUCAAAGCAUGUAAAAGUUUCAGCAGCAGAUGCAAA